UACCAUUGCUGGCCGCGUCAGCUUCAGUUGCUGCCGCGGCCGGUGAGAGGCAAUAAGCUUCUCUUUGUGUUCCACUGAUAGAAACAAGAAAGAAGAAGAAGCUUAUUGCUUUUAAGGUAUCUCUCCGUAAAUAUAGAUAAAAAAUUUGUCAGGACAAUACAAACUUGUCUUCCCUUUGAAGAAAAUGGUGAAGGACGGAGAGGAAAUCACAAAGGUCAUUACGUCUUCAUCAUCCUCAUCAUCGACAUCAUUAUGUGAGUCAGAAACAGAAGACUUGCAACGUAUGCCAUUGGUGCCAUCACCAUUGAUGAAAAACAAGAGAUGUUUAUCCAAGCAGUUAUCAAUGUGUGAGACCUCCAGGGACAAAGCUUGGGAAAGAAGGCGCCGCCAGAUUCUUCGUCAGGGGAGAGGAAAGAAUGGGAUUAUUGUAACUAACGGCUUGACUGAUGAAGACCUGUAUGAACUUAAAGGGUGCAUAGAGCUUGGAUUCGGAUUCAAUGAGGAAGAAGGUCAAAAACUAUGCAAUACAUUGCCAGCUUUAGACCUUUAUUUUGCUGUAAACCGUCAGCUUUCUCCUAGUCCAGUUUCAACCCCUCAAAGCGGAGGUUCAUCCUCAACAUCAUCACUUGAUUGCAGGUCAUCUUCUUGUGGAAGUCCAAGAAGUGAGCCAGAUUGGAAAAUUUGCAGCCCGGGAGAUGAUCCUCAGCAAUUGAAGACUAAGCUAAGGCAUUGGGCGCAGGCUGUGGCAUGUUCUCUGAUGCAGUCAUCUUGA